AUGAGGUUCGGAAAGGAGGGCAAGCUUAGCCCUAGGCAUAUAGGUCCAUACCAGAUCAUCAGACGAGUUGGUCGUGUAGCAUACAAGUUGGACCUUCCAUCAGACCACAAUCCUUCCAGAGUUGCACCAUUCGAUGAUGUACAUAUCACUGAGAAGUUGACUUAUGAGGAGGUACCUAUUGCCAUUUUAGAUCGGCAGGUUCGUCGGUUGAGGACGAAAGAUAUUCCUUCGGUGAAAGUGUUAUGGCGGAGCAAUAAUGUGGAAGAGGUGACUAGGGAAGCUGAAAAGGAAAUGAGAUCUAGAUAUCCACAUCUCUUCAAUACUCCAGACUUCUUUGAGCACUCUGAUGGGAAAAUAGACCACUUGAUCAGUGAUGGAUAUGUGGUUAAAGAAGAUUGA